AUGAGGAAUGGAGACGAAUCUCUCGGAAGGCUCUACUACAGACUGCACUACAUCAUUGAAUGUGAUAUCCUCACCGAAGUUGAUGGCAUACCAUCGGAUAAAACAUUCGAGGUGCUUACCAAAACCAACGAUGAGUCCAUGUCGGGCUUUCUGGAGAGUCAUUUGUGGCUUAGAAGUCAUCUCAAUAAAGUACUCCAGUACCUUUACAGCACAAGCAAGGCAUAUGCCCAACCUCACGAACUUGCCGAUCUGGUAUGCAACUUGUCGGCGGACCUGCGGGGCUGGUUCCAAUCUCAACCUUUGGGCGCCCAAUUCGCACGCGACGCCACAGCAUUUAGCAUGAGCGUUCCCACCAUGCCCCUACGAAAAAGAGAAAUCGCACUACGAUACUUCGCAUGCGCCUUUCUGUUACAUCGCCCCGUGUUGUACUUCUUCCUCCACAAGGACAUGGAGUACACAGUACGACCCCCCGACACACAAGCACUUCGCUCCGACCAAGCACCCUGGAUUCUCGAGUCGUGCAGAGACUGCAUCGAGGGCGCCACGCUCUUUGUACACUUCUCAUGCAUAUCCAUGGACUCUCAGAGCAGCAAGAUGGAGCGAUCAUAUCGCAGCUGGUGUGACAUCCAGCUUCUGUUCGCGGCAUAUUUGGUUCUGGUCCAGGUCAAAUCUGUUCCUGCUCUGGUGCCCAUCUUUCGGGUCCUGGGAGAUAUGGAGAAUCUCCUCGACCAGGCUGAGCGUAUGUUCGAACUGUUUCCCAUCGACUCGUUGAAGAUUCGCAAGAGCUUGGAGGUCCUUCGCAGCCAACGCCAAAAUCUGGACGCCGCUUCACCGGUAUAUUCGCACGGUUCGGUGUGA